AUGGGCGAAAUAGUGGAUGAUGCUAGCUGUGUGGAACCCUACGAGGCCAAGGAGGAUAAUGCCCUACAUCGAGAUGCGAGGGGGCUAAGGGCAAACAAAUCGGCGCAAUCCAGCUUCAAAAGCUUCGCGGCCAUGACGAAGCCGGGGCCCAGAUGCGCCAUGUGCAAAGAGGAGCAUUGGAUUCAGCAAUGCCCUAAAUUCCUGUCCCAGCAACCGGAACAAAGGCGUCGAACCAUCAUGACGCUGAAACAUUGCCUCAACUGCUUGCGUGCAGGGCACAUGUGUGCCAAAUGCCCGUGGAAAUAUGGCUGCAAGCAGUGCAAGCAACGCCAUAAUUCACUGUUGCACACCGGCAGCCGUGCAGCGGAGCCCAAUUCUGCAGUGAUCAUCAACAACGACGAAACGACGACGAGCGUCGAGCCGCCAUCAGAGUUGUCAGUUAUCAGCGCGAUGGCGGUUAAUGCGGGCAGUGUGGUGCUCCAAACGGCCAUAGUGAACAUCAUCGAUGCGUUCGGGGUGGCGCAUCCGGUUCGUGCUUUGUUGGACAGUGCUUCCCAACCCGAUUUGAUAACAGAACAGCUGGCAAAACGCCUUCAGCUACCUAUGGCAAAGGCAAAUAUUGCGUUGGAAGGCGCCGGACAGCACAUCAGCCCGGCAAAGGGCACGGUUUUCACAGAGUUGAAAUCACGCCACGAGGAAUUUUCGCUGAAAGUUCAAUUCUUAGUGAUGGGCAAACUAGUAUCAAAGCUACCUUCUUGGGAUUUGAAGCUCCCAAAGGUGUCAUUGCCACCCAAUACCAGGCUAGCUGAUCCCUGGUUUAACAAGUCGCAACCGAUCGACAUUAUAUUAGGUGCGCGGCACUAUCCUCAGUUCUUCAGUAACCAGAAAAUGGCGCCGCAUCCACACUACCCAGUGCUCUUAAAUAGUGUCUUUGGCUGGGUAGCCACCGGUCCAGUUGGAGCCGAAUCUGCAAGUUCAUCGGUCCGAGUAGACAGUGACAUUAAUCCGCCGUGCAUGGUAUCACUUGAAGCAGCAGUCGAGAAAUUCUGGGAAAUGGAAUCAGUGGAAAUUAGGACAAAUUAUACGCCAGAGGAGCAAUACUGCGAGGAGCUUUUCAAAUCCUCAACACGUCGUGACGAGGAAGGGCGUUAUAUCUUGAAGCUGCCGCGCAAGCCAGGCAGCGACGCUAUGAUUGGUAACAGUAAAAAGACUGCAUUACGUCGGUUUGAGCUAUUGGAAAAACGACUGGAUCGAAAUGCAGAGUUAAAAUGUGAUUACAAUCAAUUCAUGCACGAGUACUUGGACAUGGGACACAUGCACCUAUUAUCCCCAGAAGAAGAGAGCAAGCCAUUAUGUUCGUACUAUUUACCACAUCAUCCGGUGUUCAAACAAGAUAGCACUACAACCAAGGUUAGAGUGGUCUUCGAUGCAUCAGCUAAGACUGCUAAGGGUUAUUCCCUGAACGAAGCCCUUUGCAUUGGACCUGUCGUCCAGAAGGACCUAUUAGAUAUCGUCAUGAGGUUCCGUACCUAUAAGGUCGCACUAAUCGGUGACAUUGCGAAAAUGUAUCGCCAAAUAUUAUUGGAUGAGUCGGAUCGGUCGCUAGUUCGAAUAAUGUUUAGAUUCAAUCAAGAGGUACCGAUCCAAACGUAUCAACUCAACACGGUCACGUACGGCCUCGCACCAUCAUCUUUCCUCGCUACAAGGACGUUGCUGCAGUUAGUGGAGGAUGAGGGAUCGGAGUACCCAGAGGCUGGGGCCUCGGUACGCGAUAAUUUCUACGUGGAUGACUUCAUUGGUGGUGCUGACAAUGAAGAAGAUGCAAUCCAUUUGCGACAAUCAUUGACAGAGCUGCUCGCGAAAGGCAAAUUUGAAAUUCGUAAGUGGGCUUCGAACCAGCCAGAAGUUCUUGAAGGAUUGAGAGUGGAAGAGGUGGCUACACGAGCUACAGUAAGCGUUGGUCACAGUGACACAAUUAAGGCGUUAGGCAUAUGUUGGAUGCCAACAACAGAUGAAUUAUAUUUCAAGGUGGCUGCAGUAAAUCACAUCGACACUCCCACUAAACAGAGUGUGCUAUCGAGCAUAGCAAAACUGUUCGAUCCCCUGGGCCUGUUGGGUCCAAUUGUUGUGAAGGCCAAGAUUCUCAUGCAGCAGCUGUGGCUGGCGAAGGGAGAUUGGGACGAUCCUAUUCCGAAUGAGCUGGCUCAACAGUGGAACCAAUUUCAUUGUGAGUUGCCGUUGCUUGAGUCAAUAAGGUUCCCCAGGUGCACCGAGGAGAGUGGACGCAUCACGACAACGCUACUUGCCUCAAAGUCCCGCGUCGCACCCCUCAAGCGAGUGAGCCUGUCUCGCUUAGAGCUCUGCGCGGCUCUGCUCGGGUCACAGCUUUACAACCGACAUCGCCGCCUAAUAAGUGGAAGACUUAUGUGGCAAAUCGUGUUGCGGAGAUACAAGGACUCACUCGUGAUUGCUCCUGGAGGCAUGUUCCCGGAGCAGACAACCCUGCAGAUUUGGUAUCCAGGGGAUUAA